GCUGACUUCCCUAGCAUGCUCUCUGAGGAGGAAAAAGAAGAAUUAAAGGCAGAACUAGUUCAGCUAGAAGACGAAAUUACAACAUUACGACAAGUUUUAUCAGCGAAAGAAAGGCGUCUGGUUGAGAUAAAACAAAAACUCGGCAUGAACUUGAUGAAUGAAUUAAAACAGAACUUCAGCAGAAGCUGGCAUGACGUGCAGACUACUACUGCCUACAAGAAAACACAUGAAACUCUGAGUCACGCAGGGCAGAAGGCAACUGCAGCUUUCAGCAACGUUGGGACAGCCAUCAGCAAGAAGUUUGGAGACAUGAGGUCUCACUCCAUCGGCUACUCCAUUCGCCACUCCAUAAGUAUGCCUGCUAUGAGGAAUUCUCCUACUUUCAAAUCAUUUGAGGAGAGGGUUGAGACAACUGUCACAAGCCUUAAGACGAAAGUAGGCGGGACGAACCACGGCGGAGGCAGUUUCGAGGAGGUGCUGAGCUCCACGGCCCAAGCCAGCGCGCAGAGCUCGGCCGGCGGCCCCCGGCGGGCAGAGGGGGAGGAGCUGCAGUGCUAG